AUGAGGGAUAGACUGGCAGAUAUAAGAGAGACACAACUUGGAAAUAAUGACAAUGACGGUGGAGUGGUCGUUGACGACGUAUUGGUUGAUGUUACACCUGGCGGUGGUGGUUUUAUGGAUGACUUCUUUAAAGAGAUUGAAAUAAUAGAACAAGAUCUUAGUGCAAUUGAAAAUGAUGUUGCCCAUGUGGAAAAAAUGCAUACUCAUAUUUUGACCGCUCCGAAAAUGGCUGAAGAAGAUAAAGAAAGAUUGGAAAGUGCGAUGAAUUCCAUUAAGCUAAAGGCUAAUCGCGUAAGAGCCCGUCUUAAAGAUAUCGAAAUCAACAUAGAAAGAACGGAAGAACAAUCAGCAGAAGCCAGAAUCAAAAGAACUCAGCAUGCUGCACUUUCUCAUCGCUUAGUUAAUCUUAUGCUGACAUACAACAAAAUUCAAAAUGAUUACAGAGAGAAGUGUAAAGACAGGAUAAAGAGACAGCUAAAAAUAACUGGAAAACCUACGACAGACGAAGAAAUUGAAGACAUGCUAGAAAGUGGAAACCCGGAAAUUUUUACACAAGCGGUAAUAACCGAUACUAAAGAUGCGAAGCAAGCACUAGAAGCAAUUGAAGCAAGACAUAAUGAUAUUAUGAACUUAGAGAAAAGUAUUAAGGAACUUCAUGAGAUGUUUUUAGAUAUGGCAAUGUUGGUAGAAAGUCAAGGCGAAAUGAUAGAUAACAUAGAACAUAACACCGUUAAUGCAGUAGAUUUUAUUUGUAGCGCUAAAGAAGAUGUCAAAAAGGCCGUCAAAUACCAAUCUGCAGCUCGAAAAAAAAAGAUUAUAUGCCUGGCCCUAGCCUUAGUCCUGAUCAUAAUCAUCAUUAUAAUCCUAAUAGUCCAACUUCGUGAUAACAGCGGCGGUAGCAGUGGUGGAGGAGCUACUCCUAACGGUGGUAGUGGAAACAGUAAAACUACGAGCUCACCUAGGGCAACUAUAAGCCCAAUUAAUACCGCUCGUUAG